CGCCCUCUGGUGGUCAUCGCAGGAGACUGCACACAACAUGGCGGCCCCCGUGAGGACAUUGUGCAGUUCAGUGCUGAGGCUCUCCAGCAGGCAGUUCAGCACAACAUGUGGAGUCCAGGGUGGAGAGAAAUGGAGGAAAGAAAAUGGAAUUGCUAGAAGUGGCUCAGAAUACGGCCCUAUGACAGAUCUGCCUGAUUGGUCGUUCGCAGACGGCAGACCAGCACCUCUACUGAAGGGACAGCUGAGAAGAAAGCAGGAGAGGGAAGAUUUAGCACGACGUAUCGUGAUGCUGAGCUCAGAGGUGGACAAAGGGAUGGAGUCGUGGAAUGAUAAACGGGAAGAAGCCCAAAGAAUGGUGGAGCACAAAAAGUCUCUAUUACUGAAACCUAAAGGGAUGAUGUUAAUAAAGAACAAAUCGAAUAGUUAAACACAUAUUAUCAGCUUGCCACGUCCUUAUUCUGAAUAAUGUUAGUCUAUUGAAUACUCAAGGACUUCCUCAUGCUGUACAAUUUGUGUUUUUCAUGGAUUUCUACAAUAAAUGUUCUGAUUUAUACUUUA